AUGGUUUUCGAAGACGAUCCUCCAAGUCAACAUCUAAGACCAAAUUCUUUCGAAAAAUGGGGCCAACAAGCAACAACAUCUGCCUUUGGAAUUAUGGAAUCUCUGCGAGGGCAAGGAUCGUCUUUUGCUAAGAAUUUGAAAAGUUUCGGCAAAAAUUUGUUGAAGGAAUCAAAUUCAGCUUCAUCGCCAUCAACACCGGUUAGUGUAUCUGUGAAGUUUUGAUUUUUAGUUUGAAAUUGUUGUUUUUUUUAGGCAGAACACCGUGAUGAUGAUAUUCGUUUAACUUGGCUAACAAAUCGAAUUGUUCUUGCUGAUACUCUUCAUACUUCGAAAGAAGGAUUAUUGUCUGUAAGUGUUUGAAGUGUUUUCAUUUGAACCCAAGCUGAAAAUCAAGUUUUUAAGGCUGAACGCGCUGUUGUUCGUGAAAUGAUCGAUUGUCAACCAUACGUUGUUGUAAACGUCCACGCUGAACCUUUAAAACUCGAUGGAUAUGCAAAAUCCAUUCAUAUUCCUCUUGGUGUCAGCGCCAAAGGUGGUGUUCCAAGUCAACCGACAAUUCAAGCAUUAACACCAAUUCUCAACGAAUAUUGUCUUCUAACAAAUGAUGCAGCAAUUGUAUUUUUUGGAGCUGACGGUGAGUUCUCAGAAAGUAUUCAAAAAUUAAUGUUCUUUUUCAGAAAAUGUUGUGAUUGCUGCUGCAUUUUGUCUGAUUGCUUCGAAAUCAGUUCAAAAAGUCUCUGAUUUUUUGAGUGAUUCAAUUCAAUCAAGAUAUACACGUCUUCCAACAACUUAUAAAUUGUUCAUCGAACAGACAAUUAGUGUUGUCAAAUCAUUGAUCAAUGGAGAAACACCAUCGGUUGGAAUUGUUCUGAAUGCUUUGAUUAUUGAACCAGGAAAUGUUGUGAUUGAUGGUAAGCCACACAGUUAUUAUUUUAUUUCAUUCAUUUAUGACAAAAAUAAUCGAUUUUUCCCGAAAACGAAGAAAAAAAGAAAAUUCGAUUACAGGCGAACUUUAUGCAUCAAUUCAACAAGGCGUCAAUCAUUUGAAAAUUGUUGAAUUUUCUGCAAACGAGUGUCGAAAUCGAAACGGGCAACUUGUUGUAAAAUUCCAAAAUUUCGAAAUUUUGGACGACGUCGUGAUAUCAAUUGGACAAAAAACAAACGCGGUUGGUUUUUUUCAAAUUCAUAUGAAUUUCAGGGAAAUCGAUAAAUGAUCAUUUAUCGAUUGCCCUGAAAUUCGUCAGUUUUUGGAGUAGGUCAAAAUGCUUUUUGAUCAAAUUCUAUUGAACGUGGCGGGAAAAAUGUACUUUAAUGUUUUCCAAAAAUCAAUUUUUAAAAAAGCAAAUGGACAAAUGAAAAACUAAAUAUUCAAUUCUUAACUUCGAAAAUCAUCAGAGUCUCUUGCCAAGUAGUCGAGCCUAAAAAGCUCUAAUGUCAAGAGUCAUCGCCUAGAAAACCUAAUUUCAAAGCAGUCGCGCCUAGAGAGUCAAAUUUUCAUAGAAGAGUUCAAAGUUCAUUUUCAAUUCAAUUAAAAAAAGAUCAUAAUUUAAUUUUCAAAGAAAAACAAAAGGUAACACCUGCCUUGUUUUCCUAAUUACCCUUUUCUAUUCCAUUCCAAUUUUGUUCUUUUGUUUACCUCAUUUUCCUUCGUUCUUUCGGGGUUUCGAUGAUGAAUGGCUCAUUAUUACCUAAUGCUGGUUUUGACUGACUGGACACACGAAAAUCCAUUUUGACCUCAUUCUCUCUUUUCCUCUCUACGUUUUCCCAUUUUUUGGAUGGAUUAACUAACUAUGUGUUUAUUUGCUUUUGUUUUUCUCCCUUUUUUUCAAGCUGUUUGAAAUCGAAACCAUGAGACGAUUAUUUUCAGCCAGAAAAAAACAUUGUCCAAAUAAAUCUAACCUGAAAAGACGGAGAAAAAGAUGAAGACGUAGAAGGAGAUUAGGUUUUAUCGAUUCAACACAUUUUUGUUUGACAUGUUUUAGUAUGAGCUGCUAUUUUUGAGGUCUUGAAAAUUGACACCGUGGAUGAAUCGACUCGCGUUUUUUUUUUUGCGUUUUUUGUUUCAUCUUGAAAUGAAUUUUCGAAUAAAUAGUUUUUUUUUGUUGCAGAAAUCUCCAUUAUUCACCGCUCGUUUCAACACGCAAUUAUUGGAAUCAGAAGAUUCGGAUAUUGUUUUGACUGGGGAUAUUAUGGAUGUUUCAAGACUUGUUGCACAACCUGUGCAGGAUUUGAGGUAAGUCUCAUAGAUUUUUGCUUUUUUUUAAAUUUAUGUAUAUAAAUCUAAAAUUCCACUAUAAAAAAAUACUUUUUUCCAGAAUGAUUGUGAAUUUUGCAACACGUCGAGCUCCUACUUUGACAAACAUGCAAUUUGAUAGAUAUAAAUUGCUUUGUGUACGAAAUGAAAAAGAAUUGGAAGGUUAUCAAAGAAGUUAUGGAUAUGUUAGUGGAUCAGAUGAAGAAUCGCCGAUUUUGAGAAGCAAACCAAAACCUCAAAAAAAGACAAAUGGUGAUCAAGAAUCUUCGUCGUUUUUCGAUACUUUGCAAUUUGAAGACUCAGCACCACAAAGAACUGAAAAUCUUUUGGUAAGUAAUAACACAUGUUUAGAAUUCAGAAUGAUACUAUUUUUCUAUGAUUUUCAGAACACUGAAGAGAAUAAUGUUGAUUUAUUGGGUGGAUUUCAAAGUGGAACAAAUAUUUCAUCACCAUCGACUGCUGAUUUAUUAUCAACAACACCAAAAGAGACUCCAAUUUUAAGUGCUCCAACACCUUUGGCAAGCGAAUAUGAACCAGCAAUUGAUGAUUUAUUAGGUCUUGGAGGAUCGAAAAGUAGUGAAAGUAAUCAAUCAACUUUGGUGGAUUUUGAUUUUGGUGCACCGAUUAAACCGACUAAUUCAAGUUCUAAUUUGAGGUUUGUGAUUUCAUAAAAUUUAAGUAACUAAAUAUUUUGUUUCAGCAGUUCACCAAUUCCACCAGCAUCCAAUCAACCUUCGUCGAAUUUUGAUCUUCUUGGAAGUUUUUCUCCACUCAAACCAACAUCAACUGCAACUCCGCCAAAUUCGAUGGCAUCUUCUGCUGCAAGUAAGAUAUCUAGUUUUUUGAACUCACAAGGAAUGAUCGACAAUUUGACCCCCUGGAUUUUGAUGAUUAUUUUUGCAAAAUGACCCAUUGGGCGAGUAUAUAAAAAGCCUAGGGGGAUUUUGUACACUUCAGCCUAUUUCCAGAAUUCUGGGGACCUCGUUUUUUUUAAAGGUAAUACUUUCAGGCUUCGGAAUAUGGUUCAGAAAAUUUUUAAAAUGUGAUUUUCGAGUUGAAUCUUUGAAAUAUGAAAUUUCUAAUCGCGUUUAUAGAGCAAAAAAUAUGACUAGCAACAGUUUUAAAUAUUUACUUAGCCACACUCUACAAUUUUAAUUUUUUCGAAUUUUUCAGUUUUGGUGAUUUUUUAUCCAAAAAUUUUUUUUUCGGUAAGAACAGUUGGAAAAACACAAUAGAAAACAGUUUUAGCUUCAAAAUGAUUUUUUCAGGGAUGUCGUUUUGGGUCGGGCUUUCGGGGCCCCCCGAAAAAUUAACGGGCUUUUUCGGCCCGGUGCCCUUUUAAAAAAUAUAAGAGGGCCCCGGGGCUUUUUUAAAGCCCGCUCAUAUUCAGGAAGUGGAAGCAAACAAAUUCGCGAGACGUUAGAAAGGCUGUCUCGACCAUCAAUGGUGGUUGUUAUGGUGAAAAUUUUGAAAUGAAAAUGAAAGAGUUGUUGAAGAUGUUGGUUUGGAGGGUGUGAUUGGUGAAAUCGGACAAAUUUUUAUCAUUGGUGCCAAUCACGCCAAUGCACCAAAGAAGUUAAAUCGACGCCAAUGGUGCAAUUUGCACGUUUUCACCAAUGACACCAACUUACAGAAAUUUCACCAUGUUCACCAAACACAUAAUUCACCACCCUACACCAUCUGAACUAACACCAUAACAUCAAUCAUACCAAUACCAUUCACACCUUUCACACUAUCACCACUUAUACCACCAAAAUAACACAAAACCAGGCAAUUCUUUCGACCUUUGCAUAUAGAACAAUUUUAUCGGGCCGGGCUGGGCUCCGCCCGGCCAGUCACGAAUUAUUCGGAGUAUGGCCGGCCAAGCCCGUGUUGUUAUAACGGGCUCUGGGGCCCCCAUUUUGUUCAAAAACGACAUCCCUGAAAAAAGUCGAGUAAAAAAUGAUUUUUUACUCGACUUUUUUCGUCACCUAUGAAGCAUAUUCCAGAGCCUGAAAGUCUUACCUUCAAAAAAACGAGGUCCCCAGAAUUCUGGAAAUAGGCUGAAGUGUACAAAAUCCCCCUAGGCUUUUUAUAUACUCGCCCAAUGGGUCAUUUUGCAAAAAUAAUCAUCAAAAUCCAGGGGGUCAAAUUGUCGAUCAUUCCUUGUCAGUUGAGACAAACAUAUUUUUGUAGAUUCGAAGCCUGUGUCAACUGUUAAUUCGCAAUCGGAUUUUGAGGCAUUUUUAUCGAAUUAUCCCGAAAAACAACAGCCGACGAGAAGUGUUCCGCCUUCAGCGAAUAAACAGAAAAGUAAGAUUUGGGAUUUUUAUAAGGGUCUCUAGAAAUUGGAAUUUUAAAAAUUCCUUUUCACUUCCAAAGAUACAUCUUUAAUUUUUUCAGCCAUCCCACAAACCCAACCCGCCUUCAAACCUGCCUUCGGAGAAGCUCCAUCAACUGGUCCAAAAGUUUCAUUCGACGCAUUCAGCGAUUUAUUGGGAAAAGAGGGUUUCAAACCAACGGCGAGAGAAGCGCAGAAAAAAUCGAUCGGAGCACUUUUGAAUGCUGAACAGGCGAAAAAUUUGACCCCCGAGGAAGUGAAAAUUCGCGAUUGGACUCAAGGAAAAGAACGGAAUAUUCGAGCGCUGCUCGGAUCAUUGCAUAAUGUUUUAUGGGAAGGAGCUGAUCGAUGGAAUCAACCUUCGAUGGCUGAUUUAUUAUCACCAGAUCAAGUAUGUUUAGAUUCACCAGAUCAAGUAUGUUUAGAUUCACCAGAUCAAGUAUGAUCACCAGAUCAAGUAUGUUUAGAUAGCUUGGAUUGUUUUCAUUCUAGAAAUCCUGAUUCCAAAAAUGAAUUUCACGAAUUCUAAAUUGCAGAUCAAAAAACAAUAUCGAAAAGCGUGCCUGGUUGUUCAUCCUGAUAAAUUGACGGGUUCACCUAAUUUGACAUUGGCUAAAUUGAUUUUCACCGAACUCAACGAUGCCUACAGUAAAUAUCAAAAUGAUCCAAACAUUUCAUAG